AUGCAGCUCUCAUUCAUUUUCACCACGCUCGUUACAUUUGCCGUUAUUGCUGCUUCACAUUCGACAUCAAAUUUUGGAAAAACACAUGCUUCUUUGGCUAAGCGCUUGGAGCAUUCCCCCAACCUCACUGGUUAUCUAAACACUAGGCGUGACACGCCUGACACGCCCGAUACGCCCGACACACCUGACACACCCGAUACACCUGGCUUUGCAUUUGCUGAUACGCCUGAGGAUGUUGAGACGCCCGGUGCCCCCAGUCCCCCCGGUCCUCCCGGUCCCCCUAGUCCCCCCGGUUCCCCCAGUUCCUCCGACUCCGACUCUAAAAGCUCUGAUUCUGACGACUCUAAAUCAGACGACUCCGUAUCCGACGACUCCAAAUCGGACGACUCUGUAUCGGACGACUCUGUAUCGGACGACUCUGUAUCGGACGACUCCGUAUCAGACGAUUCCACAUCGGAUGAUGACACCAAAUCCGAGGGCGACGACGACGAUGACAACGACGACGACGACACUGGCGCCGAGUCGAAGCGCGAGGAGGUUUUUAGCCACGUCCACAAGAGAAUGUCGUUUGUUUACCGCGUUAACACCGAGAAGCGCUUCAACUAG